UUCAGCGGAACAGUUUCAUUCGGGCAUCGGAAGAAUUUAGACGCAGUUUUCUUGGUGAGUGCAUCACAGUAGCAAUUGGUGCUGUCGCUGUGUAAAACCCAACAUACCUAGAGGAAAACUCAUUUUCUAUGUGAAAACUCUGAGACGAAAAUUCUCCCUCGUCGUAGCUGUCGCACUCGUCUCGUCUUUGGCGUUGCCGUUAGCGCAAUCACUUACAGAUCCGAGGUACUGCGCACUCAACGGAAGCCUCUCAACCAUAGUCGGGGCGAAAAAAAAGUGAAUUUACUUCUCGAGACCCAGCAGAUCGCAAAUCUUAAAGACUUAAGCCGAAAUCGGUGCAGGCUGUGAAGAAUCUAAGCGAACACGGAUUCAAGUGCGGGUGGACACUCGGAACAGGGACCUCCAGGACCUCUCAGCAGUCACGUUUCUGCUUCCCAAGUUCGGGCUCGUCAUAGUGAAAAAAUCCAAGUCACUAGAAGUGCGUGUGCAGUGAGUGUGUGUGGCGGAAGUUGGAAGUUAUCCCAGAUACACGUGAUUAUCAUCUCCUGGACAUUAGACGGCAAUAAUUACUGACUUGAAGAUACAACGAUUAAUGUCAAUGUGUCUAAUUUACAACGAUAGUGAUAUCCUUCCAUAAUCACGCCAAAAGAAAGUCUUCCGAUUGUUCGAAAGUUUUCGUGUGAAUAAAAGACAAUAAAUAGCUGGCAAGUGAUAAAAAUAGAACAAAUACUCUGUGUGAAGUAAUCCAACCAAAAAGUAGACUUUUCUAAUAGUUUCCAGAUAGAUAUCGUGGACAUUUGAUUAGUUUUAAUAAUCAUCGUAAUAAUAUACUAAUAAAUUGUGCAUUUUAAGUUCUGUAUCGGUUAAGUCUCUAAUUGCAUUUAUAGACAGAUUAGUUAAGUUCUUGUGAAUUUUAAGAUUACUUUCAAGUAUUCAGAGAGAGUCCACGUAUCCAUAAUCUUACGUAUAAGAGUGAAAAUAAAAUCAUCAAAGGAUUUGCAAUAAUCAAAAGAGUCGUAAGCAUAUAAUGGCCCCAACAAAUAAUCAUUUUGAAUCGGAAUGUGAACUUGAUAAAAACAAAUCUAAAAGUAGUGAAGAUUGUUCCGAAGCUGGAAUUUGUGACGUGAACAUCAGUGUCGGUAAAAGUAGUGAUUGUAGUGACAAGAGCAGCAUUGAUCUUGGCAAUGAUGUUGAAAUUGAAUCAGAAUCAGAUUCAGCAGAGCAGCAGGAACAUGAACAAAUGCCCUGGGAAGCACCCAAAGCUCAAGGAUUGUACAAUCCAGAGAAUGAGCACGAAGCUUGUGGAGUUGGUUUCAUUGUUGCCAUUGAUGGAAAGCGUAAUCACAAGAUUCUACGUAAUGCCCAGACCUUGUCAGAACGGAUGAAUCACCGUGGUGCAUGCGCUUGUGACAAUGACACUGGUGACGGUGCUGGUGUUCUAUCAUCUAUACCACAUGAGCUCUAUGCCAAAGAAAUGGCCGAGCAAGGUAUUGAAUUACCUGGUAACGGUGAUUAUGCAACUGGUAUCUUCUAUCUCGAUAAGAGGACGCAUUCAGAAUCUGAACAAGAAUUCGCUGCUUUAGCUGAAAGUUUGGGAGUUACCGUGAUUGGAUGGCGCACGGUACCAGUCGAUACAAAUGCAAUUGGUGCGGUAGCGCGCAGAAGCGAGCCUUUUUGCCGACAAGUUUUUGUAACCUGUCCACAUAAGGAUGGCAAGGAACUAGCACGGCACAUUUUCGUCUUGAGAAAACGGGCCACUCACGAAUUGACAAAGGAAGGAAGACGUUUCUACAUAUGCUCGCUCUCUACUAGAACAAUUGUUUACAAAGGUCUGUUCACCUCAGAUCAACUAUGGUCCUAUUAUACAGAUCUAUCGAAUCCAAUGUAUUCCUGCUACCUGGCCUUGGUUCAUACACGUUUCAGUACGAACACCUUCCCGUCUUGGGAGAGAGCACAUCCUCUUCGUGUCCUUGCUCAUAACGGUGAGAUCAACACCCUUCGUGGAAAUGUUAACUUCAUGAAAGCCCGUGAAGGCGUGAUGAAGAGCCAGGUUUUCGGGAAAGAUUUGAAGAAGCUCUUCCCGGUUGUUGAGCCUGGCUUAUCGGACUCAGGAUCAGCUGAUUGUGUUCUGGAGUUUCUUGCAAUGGCUGGUGAACGAUCAUUGCCCGAAGCUGUUAUGACAAUGGUUCCAGAGGCCUGGCAAAAUGACAAAACCAUGCCCCAGGCGAAACGUGAUUUCUACCAAUGGUCUGCUUGUGUAAUGGAACCUUGGGAUGGCCCAGCCUUGAUCUCGUUUACUGAUGGACGUUACAUUGGAGCUGUUUUGGAUCGUAACGGCUUGCGUCCAUCUCGUUUCUAUGUAACAGCAGAUAAUCUAUUGAUUAUGGCUUCGGAAGUCGGUGUUUAUGAUACUGAUCCAUCUAAUGUUAUCUUGAAGAGUCGCCUCAAGCCGGGCCGUAUGUUACUGGUUGAUACCGAGGAGAAAACACUGAUUCAGGAUGUCCAAUUGAAGGAGUAUAUUGCGCGAUCUCGUCCACAUUCUCAAUGGCUGAAGGAAAAGAUGAUAACUCUCGAGGAGAUGCGUCAAUCGGACAUUGUGAAUGGUGGUGGCCAGGUUAUAAAUGGAACGAAUGGUGUAGUUGAUUUGGCAAAGAAUGGUGGAGUCCUUGACCCUCGCCUAACAAUUUUCGGAUACACUACCGAAGCUAUAAACAUGCUUUUGGUGCCAAUGUUUGCGAAUAAGAAAGAGGCCUUAGGGUCAAUGGGCAACGACGCUCCGUUAGCGUGUCUUUCUAAUUUCCAGCCACUACCCUAUGAAUAUUUCAAGCAAUUGUUCGCUCAAGUCACCAAUCCUCCAAUUGAUCCGUUCCGUGAAAAGAUUGUUAUGUCUUUACAAUGUCCCAUUGGACCCGAAGCAAACCUACUGCAUCCUUCCGCUGAACAAGUUCACCGACUUUGGAUAUCGAACCCAAUCUUGAGCAUUGCUGAUCUGGAAAUGUUGAAACGCACCAAACACAGAGGCUGGACGACUAAAGUUCUUGAUAUCACCUUCCCAUAUUCGGAAGGGAUUGAAGGAUAUACAGACACGAUGCGAAGGAUUUGUAUUGAAGGCCAAGAUGCUGCUGAGAAAGGUGCUCAGUUACUUGUUAUUUCUGACCGGAACGCCGGAGAAGGACGAGUUCCAGUUUCUGCUCUCUUAGCACUUGGCGCGUUGCAUCAACAUUUGAUUGAAACGCGUCAACGAAUGAAAGUUGGGUUGAUCGUUGAAACUGGUGAAGCCCGAGAGGUUCAUCAUGUAUGCGUUCUUUUAGGCUACGGUGCUGAUGCUAUCUGUCCAUACUUGGCUUUUGAAUUAGCUGCCGCCCUGCGUGAUGAGGGUGUCUUUGAUAGGGCUAUGAGUGAUAAGGAGAUUUAUGCUGCAUAUGCUCAGGCUAUUGACACCGGUAUCGCAAAGGUUAUGGCUAAGAUGGGUAUCAGCACGCUGCAGUCCUACAAAAGUGCGCAAAUUUUCGAAGCAGUUGGUUUGGGCCCGGAAAUUAUCGAUCGAUGUUUCCGCGGAACACCUAGUCGACUGGGUGGUAUUGGACUGGAAACUUUAGCGAAGGAUGCCUUCGAUCGAUAUAACCUGACGUACGCACAUUUGACACCUGAUGUGAAGAUCCUGCGAAAUCCCGGCCAAUAUCAUUGGCGUCAUGGUGGUGAGGCUCAUAUUAAUGAACCUAGUUCUAUUGCAAGCUUGCAGGAAGCGGCAGUUCGAAACGAUAAGAACGCUUACGAACGGUUCCGCGCUUCAACAUUGGAGAGCGUGAGGCAAUGUACUUUGAGAGGCCAACUUGAACUUGUUGACGAUCGGGAAAAAAUUGAUAUUUCAGAGGUAGAACCAGCUAGUGAGAUCGUUAAGAGAUUUGCAACCGGUGCUAUGAGUUUUGGAAGUAUUUCACUUGAAGCGCAUACAACCCUUGCCAUCACAAUGAAUCGUAUUGGCGGCAAAAGUAACACCGGUGAAGGCGGUGAAGAUGCAGAUCGAUAUCUAGAUGAAGGCACCGAAAACAGCACACGAUCAGCAAUCAAGCAAGUCGCUUCCGGUCGUUUUGGUGUUACCGCAUCUUACCUAGCCCAUGCCGAUGACCUUCAAAUCAAAAUGGCACAGGGUGCUAAACCCGGAGAAGGUGGUGAAUUACCAGGAUACAAAGUGACAAAAGACAUCGCACAUACUCGUCACUCCGUGCCGGGAGUCGGUUUGAUUUCGCCACCACCUCAUCACGAUAUCUAUUCCAUUGAAGAUUUGGCUGAGCUCAUUUACGAUUUGAAAUGCUCAAAUCCUAAAGCGAGGAUAAGUGUUAAGUUGGUAUCGGAAGUAGGAGUUGGUGUCGUUGCGGCUGGUUGUGUUAAGGGAAAAGCAGAACAUCUUGUAAUCUCCGGACAUGAUGGCGGCACCGGUGCUAGUUCAUGGACUGGUAUUAAAUCGGCUGGUCUACCAUGGGAAUUGGGUAUUGCUGAAACACAUCAAGUUCUUGUACUAAAUAAUCUUCGUUCAAGGACUGUCGUACAAGCCGAUGGUCAGCUGCGUACUGGGUUUGAUGUUGUCGUUGCUGGAAUUUUGGGUGCAGAUGAAUUUGGUUUCAGUACAGCCCCCUUGAUUGUAAUGGGCUGCACAAUGAUGCGAAAAUGCCACUUGAACACAUGCCCCGUUGGUAUUGCCACCCAGGAUCCGGUUCUAAGAGCGAAAUUUGCAGGAAAACCAGAACAUGUAAUUAACUUCUUCUUCAUGCUUGCCGAAGAUAUUCGUCAAGAAAUGGCCAAACUGGGUAUCCGUAAGUUCCAAGAUUUGAUUGGUCGUACUGAUCUCCUCAGAGAGCGCAAAAACCGUUCAUCGAAAGCCGCUCAAUUGGAUUUAUCCUUGCUGCUGAAGAACGCUCUAGAAAUUCGUCCAAAGACGAACAUCGUUGGGGGCUCAGUGAAACAAGACUUUGGUAUUGAAUCACGUUGCGAUAUGGACUUGAUUAAAUACUUUGGGAACGUUAUUGAUGGACCUGAACAGAAGGACUCAAUCAGCAUGCAAAUCAAUAACACGAUGCGCACAUUCGGUUCGACAUUGAGUUAUCACAUUGCUUGUAAAUACGGCGAAGAUGGUCUCCCGGAAGGCAAAAACAUUUCUAUUAAUGUCGAAGGAUCAGCGGGGCAGAGCUUCUGCGCUUUCUUAGCACGAGGUGUUAAUGUAACACUUGUUGGAGAUGCUAACGAUUAUGUUGGCAAAGGUCUGUCUGGAGGAAAUAUUGUGAUCUAUCCACCACCGUCCAGUAAAUUUGAAUCGCAUUUGAAUGUGAUUGUUGGAAAUGUUUGCUUGUACGGUGCCACCCGGGGCAAGGCUUUCUUCCGAGGAAUUGCUGCUGAACGUUUCUGUGUUCGUAACUCUGGAGCUAUUGCUGUUGUUGAGGGCGUUGGUGAUCAUGGCUGUGAAUACAUGACUGAUGGUCUAGUCGUAAUCUUAGGCCUAACAGGACGAAACUUCGCUGCCGGUAUGUCUGGUGGAAUUGCCUAUGUAUAUGACAUAGACGGCUCGUUCAGAUCUAAAGUAAAUCCAGAAUCGGUUGAACUUCUCCCAUUGGAGAAUGAAAAAGAUAUUGAAACAGUGAAGUCUCUGCUCGAUGAAUUUGUGAAGGCUACAAAUUCUGUGAUAGCCGCGGAUCUACUUCAAAAUUGGCCAGCGGUCCAAUCAAAAUUCAUUAAAGUGUUCCCAUAUGAAUAUCAGCGUGCAUUACGUGCUCUCGAAGAAGAAAAGAUUGAAAAGGCCGUUCAAAAAGACGUGAAAGCUGUUGAAAAUGGUGUUGUCGAGCCCAGCAUUAAAGACAUUGAGGAGGCUAUUCAAGAUAUUGCUCUGGAAAAGAAACGUGCUGAAAAAGUCCUGGACAAGACUCGUGGUUUCAUCAAAUACAAACGCGAGGCAAGCAUUUAUCGUGACGCUACCACUCGGCAAAAAGAUUGGGAUGAAGUUUACAACUUCCCUCAUGUACGUAAAUAUUUACGAGUACAGGCAGCUCGCUGUAUGGAAUGUGGUGUUCCAUUCUGUCAAUCGAAUGUACAUGGCUGUCCUCUGGGUAAUAUCAUUCCAAAGUGGAAUGACUUGAUAUUCCAUGGAUCAUGGAAAGAAGCUCUUAAUCAAUUGCUGCAAACAAACAACUUCCCAGAAUUCACGGGACGUGUAUGUCCUGCACCGUGCGAAGGAGCCUGCGUCCUUGGAAUCUCCGAGCCGCCGGUGACAAUUAAGAACAUCGAGUGUGCCAUAAUUGAUCAUGCUUUUGAACAAGGCUGGAUCAAACCAGAGAUUCCUGAAACCCGCACAGGUAAAAAGGUAGCUAUUGUGGGAUCUGGUCCAUCUGGCUUGGCGGCUGCUCAACAGUUGAAUCGUGCUGGCCAUUAUGUAACGGUAUUUGAAAGGAACGAUCGCGUCGGAGGUCUCCUUCAAUAUGGUAUUCCAACUAUGAAACUGUCGAAAGAUGUUGUAAAGCGUCGUGUUGACUUGAUGGCAGCUGAGGGCAUUGAAUUCAAAACAAACAUUCACGUUGGCAAGGACAUCAAAGCUGAAACAUUGUUGAAUGAUUACGAUGCAGUGCUACUCACAACCGGUUCAACAUGGCCUCGUGAUCUCCCGCUGACUAAUCGGGAUCUGCAAGGCAUCCACUUCGCCAUGGAGUUCCUUGAGUCCACUCAGAAGAAACAACUUGGCGGCACUAAAGAAAACAUUUCGGCAGCUGGAAAGGACGUUAUCAUCAUUGGUGGCGGUGAUACUGGGUGCGAUUGUAUUGCUACAUCAUUACGUCAAGGCGCUAAAACCAUCACCACAUUUGAAAUCCUUCCAGAACCGCCAAAAUCACGUGCUCAUGAUAAUCCAUGGCCACAAUGGCCGAAAGUAUUCAGGGUGGACUACGGUCACGAAGAAGUUCGUGUUAAAUUCGGUAAAGAUCCACGUCAGUAUUUGACUACAACUAAGGAAUUUAUUGGCGAAAAUGGCCGCAUUACGGGGGUUAACACGAUUCAAGUUGAAUGGACCCAGAGUCCUACGGGCCAAUGGAGCAUGAAAGAAGUUCCCGGAUCAGAAAAGUAUUAUCCAGCCGAUUUGGUUCUUUUGGCCAUGGGAUUCUUAGGCCCGGAGAAAACAGUUCCAACUGAGCUUGGUCUUGAAUUGGACAACCGUGGAAAUAUCAAGGCCGUGAAUGGCCAGUAUGGAACAUCCAAUUCCAAAGUAUUUGCUGCAGGAGAUUGCCGACGUGGCCAAUCGUUGGUCGUCUGGGCCAUUACGGAGGGACGUCAAGCUGCACGACAAGUUGACUCUUACCUUAUUGGACAUCCAAGUGGGCUACCAGUAGCUGGCGGUGUUGUUGAUCCAGCACGAAAUGUCUAAGCAUCAAAAGAUGGAGUCAAUCUCUCUUCCAGACGGCAACAUCCCACUAGAUACACAAGUACACACAUGAAUACUAAUGUUUUGUUUAGAUCUUAGCUCCGUAGAAUAAUUUCUAGAUGUAUUACGAAGUAUCGUUAAUUUAUUUUAUAAAAGUAUUGAAAAAGUGAAUACAAAUGGAAAAUCAUCUCAGAAAGUAAGAAGAAAGAAGAAAAGAUUGUAACAGCUUUUAUUUUUUAUAGAUUUCAAAUUUAUACACUUUUACGUACACUCACAACUUUGGUUAGAAAUUAUAUGUGAUUUGUUUUAAAAUAACUAAAAUCCAUGGCAUUUUUAAUUUCUUUGAGUUUUUCGAAAUGUUUCCGUUUUAUAUUUGAUUUGCUAGAAUUAGAGAAAACCGUUCUCCCCCUUCCCCUAGAGACCCUCUUGAAAUUCGGAUAAGUUGUUGUAGAGCAGCGAUCAGGCGAUAUGUGAUAUCUUUGAUUUAGAUUCAGAUUUCAGUUCGAAAGAAGCUAAUGAAAUUCUCAGGAAUCCUUAAUUCUGGUGUUAUCCACUUUCCUUGUGUAUCGUGGGGAAAAAAUUAGUCAGUUCUUUGGGCCUUCAAUUUCGCAGAGGGCAAAGGGGUGCGUAUUUCACUCGGUUUGAUAAAUAGGCUAUAGAUUGUAACACGCUACCUGCCAAAUAUAUCCAAUGCUUAAUGUUAUUCAAGUUAAAUGUGCUACUAGGAAGACGAAAAUUUUGUUCUUGCACACCACAGAGCAUAAUUAGCUGAUAGGAGUGCACCUACUUUUAGAUAAAACUACCUGUCUAGCGAACUGCAAGUUAGAAACACCUCCCAGAAACCGGCGCCUGUGGUCUUUUGAGUUGCACUGAACAAAAUUAAUAUCAAUCAAGCUUAACUCAAAAUUUGAAAAAUUCCAACAGCUAUUAAGGAUUUAGAUUCAAUAGGAGCGACCGCCUGCAAGCUACUUAGUAUCUCUUGUAUUCCCAGCCUUACUACAUAUCCAACACUUAGACAGGGUUUCAUUCACUCAGCAUGGUAUCAGAACCUUCUGCAUUCACUCAAAUCGUCCGUGACAAAUUAACUUAUGAUACAAAUUGGAAAACUGUGUCAAUUAAGGUAAGAAACCUUGUUACUGUAGAGAGUAAAAGAUAUAAUUAAAUCUAACACUGUGAAACAAUCGAACAAUGAUAAAUAUGAUAAAUAAAAGAAAAAAUACUACAAACUAAAGGAAAUCUCAAACUUAAGGAAAAGUGUCGGAGUAGGAGUGGAAAGACAAUAACUAGGCGAUAAGUUUAUUUACAGAAAACUCGAAAGAUAUUUGUGUGAAUUCGUUCAUUAUUUAUCACUUUAAGAAAUUACAAAUUUAUUCAAUUAUAUUGAAUGUCUUAAAUUUUUGCAAUUUUUAUAUUGCAUUCGAAUUAUAUUUGUGAAGAAAGCGAAUCAAAGUCAGUCAUGUUUUUUGAAAAAUUUCGACACCGCACUUGAAUUUUAUUGUAUCGUAGCACAAGGCACGUGAAUAUAUUUAUAUGUAAGACUUCUCUCUAAUUAUUGGAAAUUCGAAGAAUUUGGAGGAAAAGGCAACUAUCUAAAAAUUCAAAUUACGUAUUAUUGUUCAUUGUUGUUCCCCUCGUUCGCUGGAAAAUAUUCGAACAGAUGAUAUUUUACGUAAUAUACAUAUAUAUAUAUAUUAUAACGUUGAGAAAUAUACAAAUAAAUGGAAAAGUGAAUGGU